GGGGAGGGGCGGUGGGGGCUUCCUUGUGCGGAUCGCACCAGCAGCUCCGGAAAGGUUUAUGCAGGGUCCACCCCGAUCCGUUUUCAUUGGUGAAUCAGUGUCAGGGCAGCUUUCUGCUAAAUAUAUCUUUCAGACGACUCCCCGGCAGCGACUGGAUCCAAGAAAACCUGAUACAGACUGUGCUUUUCUGUUGGAUUUAUUGGAGGCUGUGCGUACCUGCUUGGUGGUGCUUACAGCAAUAGCUCUAUGCCAGGAGGCGGUGACUUCCAGGAGCUCCUCUCUACUUACCUUAAGGAGGUUCUGUAAGAGUGAUGAUAUAAUUGGGAUUAGCUUAUUUACCUAGAGAAUUUCCUGUUUCAAUCCAUUUCCUUAAAGAGAUGAAGAAAGGACCAGAAAGUGGAGCAUGUACCCUUGCUGGUCCAGGCAAUGUAGUGGAGCCAGAUCCAGACACUAACAGUAGUAAUGGAACGUCAGCAAGAGAGAAGAACGUACUUCCUUCUGCUGGAGAACUGGAAAAUGUGCCACUGAAAACCAGCACAGAAACACCCAGAAAAAAACUCUGUGGCUAUUUAAAUAAGCUGGGCAUCAAGGGGCCAAUCAAGACCUGGAAGUCUCGCUGGUUCUUUUAUGAUGAAAACAAAUGUCGCUUACUAUACUACAGAACUGCCCAGGACAUUAAUCCUUUGGGGUCUAUUGAUCUCUCCAGCGCCAGCUUUGACUGCAAAAUAGAAAAUGGAGAAGGAGUUUUUGAGAUCAGAAUACCAAGCAGAGCUUUUACUUUGAAGGCAAUCAGCAAACAGGCAAUGAUGUAUUGGCUGCAGCAGCUGCAAAUGAGACGCUGGGAAUUUUGCAACACUCAAAGCAGAUUUCCUGUGGGCAGCUCCCAGCUUGUGAAUGAACCUCUGGCUGGAAAAACAAAUGUAGUUGACAAUGAAGACUUUCUGCCUCCUGUGAAAACACCAACAGAAGCAGUGGGUUUAAAGGCAGCAUCUUUGCCUGCACCCCAAACAUCUAUUGCUUUGCAGAACAUCUCCCUUAAGCACCCUUGGACAGAGAUACAAAACACUGUCUACAAUAUUUGUGGCUCCAAGCAACUCUGGGGGAGCAACGGGAAUGUCUUUAACUUUGAAGAAUUCCAAGAGCAUCCUGAGAAUGUGGAUGAGAAGCAAGAGACAGAAGUGGAGGCAGGAUGUGCAGUUAAGGAGGGGACCCUGGAAGAUGGGAAGAUGGGCCCCAAGCUGAACUGGAUUAGGAAAGCCAGAUGGAUGAACAGUGGCUUCCCAGGAUCUGAAGAAUGGUCGAGGGAGAAGAACUCAGUGGAUAAAGUGAGUGUCCUUCAGCAACAGAUUCUGACGCUCACAGAGGAAGUCAAGUCACAGAAGGAACUGGUCAAACUUCUCCACAAAGCUCUGGAGGCAGCCCAGCAGGAGAAGCGAGUAUCUAGCAUGUAUCUCACUGCAGCAGAAGAUAAGGACAGGCUGGAGCUGGUGCGCCACAAAGUGAGACAGAUUGCAGAUCUGACAAGUCGACUGGAAGCUCUUGAACAAGAAAAGAAGGAACUGGAACAGAUACUGACUUUGAGAGACAGCCAUAUCCAGGAGCUCAAAGAGCACGUGCAGCUUCUGAUGGAGAAGAACCAUGCCAAACAGGAAGUCAUCAUGACCUUGACAGAGCAGAUGGCCCGAGAGCUCUCUGAUCCCCUGCAAGAAGCCAACACUAUCACUGUAGAGACAUUAUAUAAGCAGCAGGAGGAGAUUGAGCAUCUGAAGGAUGAUAUUGAUGCAUACAAAACCCAGAACCAGUUUCUCAAUUCAGAGAUCCACCAGGUCACUCGACUCUGGACAAGUGUUGCUGAGAAUGAAAAAGCUCUUCUGAUGAAGUGUGCCUGCCUGCAAGCAAGAAACUGCCAGAUGGAGAGCAAAUACCUGACAGUCUUGAGAAAGCUGCAGGAGGCUGUGCCUGGCCUGCCCAGCUCACAUGGUGAAUUGGUGAAGAACCUCAUUCAAGAAGCUCUCCAGUGGAAUGUGAAGGAAGAAGCAGAAGAAGGCUUUAACUUGAACCCUGUAAGUGAGUAUGAUGAGUAUGGGUUUAUGACUGUACCUGACUAUGAAAUUGAGGACUGGAAACUCCUAGCCAAAAUCCAAGCCCUUGAGAUAAAGUCCAACAAACUGCGGAGCCAGGAGAUAGUGGAGAAGCCCCUCCGUGACAGAUGGAACAGUAUUGGAGAGCUGAACCCCUCUGCAGAGCUGAAGAGUCUGAUCCGAAGUGGCAUUCCAGUGGAGCACCGGCAGCGGGUGUGGAGGUGGAUGGUCAGCCGGCACUGCAGCCCUGUGCCUGGCCACUACCAGCGACUGCUGGAGCAGAGCCGGAGCACCGAGCACCCUGCCUGCCGGCAGAUUGAGCUUGACCUGCCCCGCACACUGACCAGCAACAAGCAUUUUUCCUCUCCCACCUCCCAGCACAUCCCCAUGCUCCGGAGGGUGCUAUUGGCGUUCUCCUGGCACAAUCCUGCCAUUGGAUACUGCCAGGGAUUGAACAGAUUGGCAGCUGUUGCUCUCCUGGUCCUAGAAGAUGAGGAAAGUGCUUUCUGGUGUCUAGUCUAUAUUGUGGAGAACCUAAUGCCGGCAGACUACUACAGUGAAACACUAAUAACAUCACAGGUAGAUCAGAGAGUCUUCAAAGACUUCCUGUCCGAGAAGCUGCCUCGCCUUAUGGCUCAUUUUGAACAGUAUCGGAUUGAUGUCUCACUCAUCACCUUCAACUGGUUUCUGGUGGCCUUUGUGGACAGCCUGGUCAGCGACAUCCUUCUGCGAGUGUGGGAUGCCUUCUUGUAUGAGGGAACUAAGGUCAUUUUCCGCUAUGCUCUUGCAAUUUUUAAGUACAAUGAGGAGGAAAUCCUAAGAAUUCGUGACAGUUUGGAGAUAUACCAGUACCUACGCUUUUUCACAAGGAUGAUCACAGACGGCAGGAAGCUGAUGAACAUUGCCUUCAAUGACUUAAAUCCCUUCCCCAUGAAACUGCUGAGGAACCGUCGGUCAAUGCACAGGGAAGAGCUGGAGGCAGAGCUGUGUGAACUUGAACAGAUCAAGGCAGCCUAUGUGAAAGAGAGAGCAGAGCAGGGACCUCAGGAUCUGAAGGAGGUUGUUAGUGAAGAGGAAGAAGAGAGCUAACAAAAAGAGUUUGUGAGCACUUCCCUCCCUUCUUGUAGAAGGUCAUCAGUAGCAACUGUCAGUAAGAAAUGGACCAGAUGGGGAAGUGUGAUCACAGGAGGUCAUCUGCCCCAGUAAACAAGGCUGUAGUUAUGGGACCAUUUGGAGACCAAGUCAGACUUUAUAAUGGAUUGGAAGGUGUCAGAGGAGUUUUAUCCUCUUCUGUCCUUCUCCCCAUUUAGCCCAUCCUGUCCUGUGCAGUUCAGGAUUACAGCUGAGGGCACAGAGGAAAUAUCAGUUGUGGUGUCAUGACAGAGACUGACAUGGUGCAAAAGACCCAGCCAAGCAGCUCUUUUAUGCAUUUUCUGAUGGAGACUUGAAUGAGAUCUUUAUCUACAAGUAAAAUCUCCAGAAAUAAUGAACCAAGAACACUCCCUCAUUGUUACCUAAAGCUUCUGAAUUGGUCAGGAAAAAACCUUCUCAUAGAGGGCAUGGUGCCUUCAGGGUCUAGCCUGCCAGGAGACUGUGUGUUUAACAUUGUUACUGAUCAAGACGCUCUGUGCAGAUGAGUGUUAGGUCUGUGGAGAUUCUGAAAACUGGAGGACAUCAUCCCAUGGGACUCAGGCUGGGAAAAGGAAAGAUAUCAUGGGAGAGCAGAGUUGCUUCUCCAGUUUGAUUCCUGUAGGAAGUUCAUGGGAGCACAAGGUGUGUCUCCUGCUUGGCUGGGAAAUGUUGGGAGCUUUCUCUCCUCAUUGUUUAACUUGAGGCCCUGGCAUCACUCUGUGCUGGUGAGUUUGCUCCAUAGAGGGACUCUCAUCUCUGUAUGAAACCAACCACAGCCUGCGUGCAGGCAGGGCCUGCUGUUGUGUGGACUUUUCCUGGGGAUGACUUGAUUUUCUAAUAGCCUUACUCUCUGCCCCACAGUUACAGUCCUCCUGUGCUGGGUUUUUAAAUUGGUAUCCCUGUCUCUGACUCCCAUUCAUUAUGGGAGGGACAAGGGCUUUUCUUUAGGAGUUUAUGAUAUUUAAGGUGUUUUAUCCAGGGAAUAUGGCUGGUAGUGAACAUGAAAACCCUGGGAACAAAGUCACAAAAAAUUACUUGAUAGUCUUUAGAAAAAAACACAUUCAUGUCCCCUGAACCAAGGAGCUGGCCUCAAUGGGUCUAGCACACAGAGAUGCCCUAUCUGCCUCUGGAAAUGGGGUCUGAUAGCCUUCUGCCUCACUCCCUGGCUUGCCCAUCCCCUGGGCCAGAUACCCUGCCUGUGCAGCUCAGCCCUCCACAGACCCAGGAUGAGUCAAGUAUUUAGAUAAAUACAGCUUCUUUUCCUUAACAGGAUGCCAGAUCCCGCUGCUCCACUUUCCUGCUGACUGGUGCAUUACUCCAGGUGUGCCUGCAGUGCUGGCUCUGACAGCAUGCAGCAGACCCUGUUAUAACGGGGGCUCUGCUCUAUGUUUUUAGACUGACCUUGAACCCCAAGUGGAUUAUGCCUUCUUUAAAUAUCUUCUGCUUGAUAACCCAACCCUUCAAGUUGUCAGUGCUUGCAGAGGAAGGAAAUGGAGGCAUUCAUAGCCCACAGUGUUCUCAGCCCUGUGGGCUGUAUCCAUGAUAACAAGCUCUAGGGGAAACAGUGCCUAUUCACUUGAGACAUAUGGUCUGCUUCACUGGACCAGUCAGACAGUUUGAAUUAUAGAGGACUGAGGUGGGAGAGACCUGGGGAGGCCAACCACAUAGCAGAGAAGUAAUCAAAAUGGAAGUGAAGUUUUAGGAAGAGUGGAUAGAUUCCCUGAAUAUCACUGAGAGCUGCUCACAUAGAAAGUGUGAGAUGAGAAGAAAAAGUUACUGGAAGCCCACUACACUAUCUCAAAAAAAUUAACUAAUUUUCAAAUUAUGUCACCUAAAUAGGGAAGUCUAAAAGGCAGGCGGCUUUUCUUCACAGAUGAUAUUGCUAAUCUAAUUUAUUUAUACUCUUUAUGUUCAUGGGUGCACAGACUUUUGCUGUUGUUACAGAUAUUAUCUUCUAAAUCAAGACCAUGAAAAUUAGAUGUUUACUUACCAUUUUAUUUCCUAGAGCUUUCUGCAAAAGCUUAAAAAUCUUUCCUCCUGACUUGCCCUUAUGUUUAUUAAUAAAGGCAUUUGAAACAUGUAUUAGUAGACUAAAACACAGCCUGACAUGUCUACAGUAUAUAAUAAACAUUGGUCUAUAUGAUACAUAAACUCCUCUGAAGUAGGCGUAAGGAUCAAGGUAUUAAUCCCGAUGGGUAAUUCUGAAAAUAAUUUUAAAUUGAAAUUGGAAGGGAAGGACAUGUGAGGAUUGUUAUAGCUUUCUUUUCUUUUGUGUCUUCCUCAGCUCUUGGUUUUGGUCUACAUGUAUUUGCUGAGGACCAGUUCCUCUGGUCAUAUUGAUAACCAAUCACAUGUGCUCAUUCUUUAUUAAGGUGUAGUGGAUGCAGGAAUAUCUGCAAGGCCUAUACAGACCUGCACCUUGGAGCAAAACUCACAUGUCCUCAUGGGCCCUCAUCUACUUUCCUUCUGCUUCACAAACUUCAGUGGUACUGAAAAGCACCGAAUUCAGGUCACAAAAUGGCUGUUGGGCCAGAUGCAAAUCCCUCAGGCCCUUGCAAGACCUGUACUGAGUAUCAGUAAGUGCUAUGGGUGUUUUGAACCUCUUGGUUACCUCUGCCUGAAGUGCUCAAGAGUGAUUUGUGCUGCCACUGCCAACUGUUGUGGCUGGGAAACAAUUUGACCUGGUUAUACAGCCCAACAGCUCCUUCUGCGUGUGCUUUCCACCCAGAGCCAGUCUUUGCUGAGCUUUGCUGUAUGCAUAACAUCACUUGUGAAAUUAAGCUUUCUGUCUCUGCAUUAACCUAAACCUUGGAUACCAGCUCCAACCCUAAAAAGGAUGGUUUUGAUUUCCACACCCACCCUCCUCCCUAUGAUGUGCCAUUAACUUGUAGUUCAAUUUGUUGAAGGAUCUUGUAGCUACCAAAAGUUCAUAGUGUUUAAGAGGAUAAAUUGGUGGAGUGGUGCCAAACACAAACAAAGCCACUGCUAGCUCAGUAAGUCCCUGAGCUGCCAACAAGAGGAAGUCGUGAACCUUCCCUUCUUUACCCCUUUUUGGCCUGGGUGGUGUUGAGCUGCCAGGAUCUGUACCUUCCUAUGCUGUGGCUAAAGUCGGAAUUCUGGCAUGCUGCUGUGGUAAGAGGCACUACUGGGAAAGUUGUUUCUGGGUUAAUGUUUAGCUUAAGCUUGAGCUUCUCAUCCAGGGUGAAGGUGAGAGCUAAGGGGCAAGGCAUUUUCCGUGGGUGGAUAGCAACAACACCCUGUAGCAGGAGCUAUAGCACAGUGCUGCGUUUCUCUUCCAGUCUGCAGGCUGGGCGACCUCCUGUCCCCAUCACAGACACAAGGCCUGGGGCGUGCUCUCUUCCCAUUUAAGAGCUCACCUGUGGCCUGAGAAAAUGCUGAGACUUCUCCAGCCAUCUCCCAGUGCUAAGAUCUCCUUAAUGAAACAUUAGCUCUGUUUGGUCUAGGGGCAUGCCAAGUGCAAGAAGACAAACCACUUUCCCAUGACCAAGCCACGGUGCUGGAGCUGGUAUAAUACCAUCUGAGAUAAUUUAACCUCUUUCCUAGAGUUCAGUGAGAGGCUGUGGGCUGCACAGAGAUGCUAAAUUAUGAGUGCUUUCUGUGCAACCUCAGGAGCUCUCCAGAGGGGAAAAGAGCACACCAGGUUAGUCAGUGGCCAUGACACAUUUGGGGUGAAAGGUCCCCUGCUCUGCUGCAGCCAGAUGUUUGCUUUGGUUACAUGGUCCCACUACCUUUGAGACAAAAUCCCUAUUUCUCCUUGUUAUUAAAUGACAACUUCCUGUGAAGUGCAAAGUGUGCCUUUGAGACUCCAGCUGUUGGAUCAGUAUUUGCUCUGGUUUUGUGCUUAAUUAAGUUUUGAGCUCAAUUUUCAACCUCUGGCACAUGCUGGGAUCAAGCUGUUGGAAGCUUGGAGACUUGCAGCAAUAUCCAGGGUAAAGAGAAUUAAAUUUCAAGCCCCCUUGUAAUACCAACAUUGGCCAGAUAAAAACUUUCUAACACAGUUUUGGGUAUUAGGAAGCAGCAUUCUUUAUUGCAGUAUGCUGGUCACUUGGAGAAUCCUCCCUAUAACUGAGUGCCCUGAGUGUUGGGUAAAUGCUCAAAACUGCAAGUUUUUAUCAUACACAUUGAUGACAUACUCAUUGGCUAUCCCUGCUUACUUGAUAUAUGUGUAUUAGUUCAUUUUACAUAAUUGCAAACUUUAUUGAAAAUUCUUUGGGGUUUGUCUUCAAUGUCCAGUGUCCUUUUUAGGUGCCUGUUCCUCAACCCCCAUUCUGAGUAAGCGCAGUAUCAUUGCUUUGCAUAAUUUCUGCUUUGUCAACCUUGCAAAGCUAAGCUGGCAUCCUGUUGUAUUUUGCAUGACUUGUUUUGUAUACUUCCCUAAAACUACAUUGUUCCCUUUAUUUGAUAAGAGAAAAAAUUUGUUCUGUUCUAUUGUCCUUAUCAUUUGGGAAAAAAAAAGUACUCAGCCCAACAUCACAAUUCCACGCUGAAAAUAAUGCCUAUUUUCUUUUUUUUUUGUUGUUACAAUGUCAUUUUGUUAGCAGAAGAGUACUGUCUAUGGGCAUCAUUUUGCAGGGGGGAAAAGUUCCAAAGCAAAAUUAAAACCAAUUGAUGUUUUUUU